UUCUUCUUCUCCUUUUUUUUAAGAAUCAGAAGAGAAGAGAGUAGUAACAGACAGAUAGAGAUAUCUAGAGAGAGAGAGAGUUGGCCCAGCAGCACAGCAGCGGAUCGACGACGACGAUGAAGAGACGAUGAUCAUCUGAUUCUCUCCUAAAGCUUUCUUCUCUCUUCUCUCCUCCUUAUUUUUAGUAUUUUCCUCAGGAAUACAUUUUUUUUUUUUUUUUGGUUUAUAUAUAUAUAUAUAUAUAUCUCCCUGUCUCUCUCUAUCUCUCAUUUGUACUAUAAUUUUGGUCGCCGAUUUGGGAGUGAGUGUAAAACAUCUUUCUCUCUCUCUCUGUUUCUUAUGAGCGAUUGAGAUUAGAGAGAGGAUUUGGUUAUCUCACAGAUUUUUGUUUCAAAGAUCGCUGUAGAUUUUAGCUUCAUCACCUCUAAUGGUGGCUCCAAUUUUCUGGGAAAUUUCUUUACCUAAUUUAUUUUUGAGCUUAACUUUUUAGCUCUCAGAUGUUAUAGUUUUAUGCUCUGAUUUAAUAAUUGCUAUGAUAAAAAAAAUCUUAGUAUAUAAUCUGAUAAUGUCGUCGUCGGUGACUUUUGUUUUGGAAUUUGUGAUCAUGCUGUUUUAAAGUAUAUAAUUGAUUUUUUUUUUAAAUCUAUUGGCUAAAUACAGUAUUUGUAAAUCUUUUUGUUUUAUAUAUGGAGGAAUGGGAGAAACAGUUCAUUGUGAAAGCUUCUUACCCUCCUCCUCAAUGAGGAGGGAUUUAACUCAAGAUUCAAACACUUCUUGUACCUAUUCUACUUUUUUUGCUCGAGACCCAAAAAACAACUUGCCUUAUGGUGGCCACCAUUUUCAUCAUAAUGCUGCUUUCUCUGCCAGAGCUGUAGCUGCUACAGAUUCUUCUUCUUACUCUGAUUUUUUGAAACACACCAUGCUUCAACACGAAGCCGUUUUCAAGAAUCAGGUUUGUGAGCUUCAUCGUUUGUAUAGAACACAGAAGAGUUUGAUGGAUGAAGUAAAAGGAAAGACUUUUAUUGAUCUUAUGAGUUUUUCUGAGCGUACACCCGAAAGUGCCAUUAAACCAGAGCUACCUGGGUUUCUUUUGGGGAGUGAUGAAGGUAGCAGCUCUCAAGUUUGCAAUGCUCCUAGUUCAAAGGACGGGGAGGAGGUGUUUGAGGUUAGACCUGUCAAGGUUAGAAGAACAGUGAUUGAUCUUCAACUCCCUCCUUACGAGCAGUCCAAAACAGAAGAAGAGGAGGAAGUUGAAGAAAAGCUGUUUUUCGAACGAGGGAGUGCUUCUCAUCAUCUCAACGACUCUUCUGGAUCUUCUUUGUUAAUGAAGAAUCGAAAUGGGUUAGCUGACUUGAACGAGCCACUCCAGUGCCAAGAAUCAGUACCUGUCUCUUCUUUCUCCAGGGACUUGUAUUCUUCUCUUUAUGGAAGAAACAUUCCAAAUGUUCAAGGCCAGCCGUUGGAUAAAAAUACAAGUCAAAAUGGUUGGAUGGUUCUUGAAGCAGGUCUUGGCAAAAGCGUUCCACGAGACAAGUUAUGUGUGCCUUCCCAUUCCGUACAAGGUCUUUCAAACAGUGCAUUUCAACCUCUGGGAUACCCUUCAACUGAUCAGCGGGAGUUGUCGGGCGAAAGAGCAUCUUUUGAAUGGGAAGCUCGUCAAAGGAAUCCUGAAGUUUCUUAUGAUAGCUAUGUGGAACCAAGUGUGGCGUCAAAUGCUCCAAGCUUUAAUCAUGGCUACCACCCUGAAUCUGUCAGACCUUGGAGCCAUUGGAUUUCAUCAUGGGAGAACCGAAGUAGCUGCUCAGUUCAGAAACCCGUGCCACUUCAGACGAAUCCAUUCUUGAAUUUUAAUACACAACCAAGAGCAGAUGCGAGUUCUGAGAUGAGAAGCCGUGAUUUUAACCAAGUCUUUUCUUCAGGGUCGAAGGAAACUGCCUUUAAUUUUCCAUCAGGAAACUCUAACUAUCUUAACAACGGACCAAAAGGGGAUGUUACAAAUGGUUCUUUCAGUGAGGCUGUGAAGCAUCGGAGUCUUGACAACCCUCAAGGACCAAAAAACCAGGAGUGCUUUGCUGGGUUGCCCUGGAUAAAACCUAAGCCCCAAAACAAAAAUGGAAUGACCAAUGGUGGUUUGGAUUUGAAUGUGUCUGCAAAUCAAUUCAUGGAUGGAUGUGAUGUGGGUGACAGCUUAGAUAAUGUAUAUCCUCACAAUGGUUUGAGGUCUGUUUCAUGUUCUAAUGGCGCCAACUUGGGACAUGUUAAAAUGGCCGAGUCACAGAGUAGUAGAAAGAUAUUUGGUGUCCCGAUCCCUCAGAAGCAUUCUAUUUGUGAGGAGCACCCUUUCCUUAUUCCUUCUUCUGCCUCUAUCACUAAUCAACCCAAGAAAGUUAACACCUUGGUGAAGAGAAACCUCGAUACCAACCUGCCAUGUGAAGCCUCAGUUUCUGAAGCUGUCAUCGUGGACAAUGAAAAAGGUAAAAAAGCUGCCACUUACAGGCAGCAUAUUGACUUGAAUUUCUGUGCUAACGAGGAUGAAGAUUCCAGCUUGUGUUCUACUCCAAGAGUGGAAACAAAAGCAACUACUUUGAUAGAUUUGGAAGCUCCCCCGAAUCUUGAGAGUGCAGAAGAAGGGGAGAAAAUUCCAGAGAAGAGAAGUGAAGACACUUGGGGAUCUGAAGCUGGAGAUUCAGUAGAUGAAUUUAGUAAGGCAGCUGCAGAAGCUAUAGUCACCAUCUCACUGUCUCACCAUUGGCCCAAUACUGAUGAAGCUGCUUCCUCUUCGACCGAUGCAGUUGCCAAGGACCCGCUCUCUUGGUUUGUGAACACAAUAGCUUCUUGUGGGAAUGAUUUAGAGAAAAGGAUUGCUUGUUUGGAAGCCAGAGAUUGUGAAGGCUGCCGUGAAGAAUGUUCUUCAGGGGAGUUUGAUUAUUUCGAGACAAUGACUCUGAACUUACCCCAGACCAAAGAAGAAGACUACAUGCCAAAGCCUUUGGUCCCAGAAUAUCUAAAAUUCGAUGAGACCGGUUGUAUGGGUAUCACAGCUAACCGGCCAAGAAGAGGACAAGCAAGACGGGGAAGACCAAGGCGGGAUUUCCAAAGGGAUAUUCUCCCAGGGCUUGCUUCUCUGUCCAGGCUUGAAGUAACCGAAGAUCUUCAUAUGUUUGAGGGACUUAUGAAAGCCACAUGCUACAACUGGAACUCAGGAGUGGCCCGAAGGAGCUCAAACCGAGGUGGAUCUAGCCGAGGAAGAAAACGACUGGUCAACAACUUUGACAGAGCUCCGGUUUGCUCGUCUUUGGCACAGCCAGUUAAUAACAACAGUGUACAAAUGGUGGGAUUGGAAGAGAGGAGCCUUACUGGAUGGGGAACUGCAACUCGAAGGCCAAGAAGACAAAGAUGCCCUGCAAGUACUCCCCCAACUGUGAUCUUGACGUAAAGUAUUAUUUUACUAUUUGAGAAACAUUGUAGAGGGAAAGAAACAGAGAAAGUAACAAUGGAGAAAACAGAGUCAGCGAUGGAUGUUUUAUUAUUCUAAAUCACCCCAUGUAUGUUUGGUUGGUUAUUACAAAAUUUGCAUCUCUGUUUUCUAUUGGCUCAAAAACAAUAUGUAUAUUCUUACAUGGCUCUAACUAAUAAAUGAUGUUAAGAAUC